GUUCAAUUAGGGUUGCUGUGAGACCGCUUGAGGAGGUAGGAAGAGAAGCGCCCGACGCCGGGCCGCGCCCUUCGUGCCGGAUCAAUAUCAAGGCUUACUGGUACAAGAAGGAAAUCCAACAAGCGGAAAAAGUAAGCCUGAAACUGAUGGACGUGGUGCGGGCCAGAGGCAGGGAUGGUUGGCUAUGACCCCCAAGCUGAUGGCAGGAACAUCUCCAGUUCUGAGGCGGCAGUGGCUGGGUCCGUGUCCGGACUUGCCACUCGGGUGAUGAUCAGCCCCUUGGAUGUCAUCAAGAUCCGUUUCCAGCUCCAGAUUGAGCGCCUGUCUCGCAGUGACCCCGGUGCAAAAUACCACGGGAUCCUCCAGGCCGCGAGACAGAUUUUGCUGGAGGAAGGCCCGACAGCAUUCUGGAAAGGACAUAUCCCGGCCCAGCUUCUCUCCAUCGGCUACGGAGCUGUCCAAUUUCUGUCAUUCGAACUGCUCACCGAGCUGGUGCACAGAGCCAGCAAGUACGAUGCCCGCGACUUCUCCGUGCACUUCGUGUGCGGCGGCCUGUCUGCCAGCGCGGCCACCCUCGCCGUGCACCCCGUGGACGUCCUGCGCACCCGCUUUGCAGCUCAGGGGGAGCCCAAGGUGUAUAAAACCCUUCGAGGCGCCGUGGUGACCAUGUACAGGACCGAGGGCCCCCUGGUCUUCUACAAAGGCCUGAACCCCACCUUGAUCGCCAUCUUCCCGUAUGCCGGCUUCCAGUUCUCCUUCUAUAACGCCUUGAAGCACGUGCACGAGUGGCUCGUGCCCGCCGAGGGAAGGAAAAGCGAGAACCUCAAAAACCUGCUCUGUGGCAGUGGAGCCGGAGUCAUCAGCAAGACCCUCACGUACCCCCUGGACCUCUUCAAGAAACGGCUGCAGGUCGGAGGGUUCGAGCAGGCCCGAGCCACCUUUGGCCAGGUCCGCAGCUACAAGGGCCUCCUGGACUGCGCCCAGCAGGUGCUCCGAGAGGAAGGCCCCAAGGGCUUCUUCAAGGGCCUGUCCCCCAGUCUGCUGAAGGCUGCUCUCUCCACUGGCCUCGUGUUCUUCUGGUAUGAGCUCUGCUGUAACCUCUUCCACCGCAUGAAGAAGGCGGACAGCUAGCCCCGAGGGCAGGAAGGGCGGCCUCCGGAAGGAAGGAAGGUUCAUCCAAGAUCUCGCGCUGCACUGAGAGCUGCUGCUGCCCGCUCCAUCCCUGCCAGCGGCCUGGCUGGCACCAGAAGGGCAAGGAGAGCACAUCGGACCUGGUCUGUGGGGACACAGCCACGCUAGUCCGGGGCGUUUGCGGUGGUUUCUCUGUAGCCCACGCUCACAGGAAAGGCAGCAGCUGCUACUCGGGGUUCUGAGCCCCUUCCGCCCACAGGACUGUCCCUGCUCUGGGUAGGGCCUCGGCUGGCUCACCAGGGCUGGGAUUGGGCCCUUGGCAGGGGCCUGGUCCUCACGCAGAGGCUCUUACUCCUGCCUGUUAAGUUAAUACACACUGAAGCCAAAACACAUUCCUUAAUCUCACUCCCCUCUCCCCCUCCACCUCGCAUCCCUCCUCCUGAAGUACGCGGGAGGGGGCUGUUGCCUUCCUCAGGUUCCAUUUUUUCCAAGUAGUUGCAUUCCUCACACAGCUUUGCUUCUAGUUCUGGGGGAAGAAGUGGUCACUUUAUAACCUCCCCCCGACCCCAUGCCCAGAUCUUCAUGCCUUAAUUCCCGCUCAGGCUCUUCUCUCCCCUGGAUGAUGGAGCACAGGUGAGGGCCUCUGGUGGCCGGGGUGCAGGGGAGGGGGGGAGUUCCCAGCAGCCCGCAGGCAGUGGGGGAAUGUGCCGAUGGGGAGCUGUGGGUAGAAGUGGGGGGGCCCUUCUCCCCAGCCUACCUGGGAUCACUUCUCUUCCAUGGGGUAGGGGGAGGCUUACAGCUGGGCCAGUUGGCAUCAGCUGCCUGCUCAGGGUGCCCCAAGGUGCUGCAUAUCCUUUGUCACCCCAGAAGGGCCACAGCUCUGAAGCAGCCUUGUGAGUGGGAGGCAGAAGGAAAGGGUUGGACAGGCAGCCUCCUGAGGGCACAGUUGGGGAGUGGGGAGAUCAGCACAAGAAUCACAACAUCUACUCUUCUGCACACACAGGACAGACUACACUUAGUAGGGCGGGGGUGGGAGGGAAUCUGUAGAACACAAGCACCACCCUUUCCACCCAGUUCUGCCCCCUGCCCGCCCACGCAGGGCAGUCCAGCCUGCAGGGUUGGCUGUGCAGGGGGCGCUGGCGUGGAGGAGUGCGAGAGUCCCCUGCAGGACUGUACCUGCUCUCAGUCCGGGAUCUGGCUCCAGCCUCUGCAGUGACUUAGGAGGAAGGCACGGGCGGGGAGCAGCCUGUGUGGGUGUCGGGGCCCUUGGACUCCUGUCAUCAGAACUGUUUGGGCUCUGACCUGGGGCUUUGUGAUAUGUCUGGCACCCUGAGUCCUGAAGCUUCCCUGCUGUUGGCUGCUAAUUAUGAAGAUCUCGGCUGUGGGUAGGGUUUUGGGAACUGGAGGCCUGGGAUGGGGCUGCAGGAAAGCCGCUGCCUGAAUGUAUUUUUAAGGAAAUUCCACUUUAGUGGAAUAAAGUACACUUUAUUCUUUUCA